AUGCCGUUAUGUUUCGAAAUAACAGACCUUCCACCCGAGAUUAUCACGCAUAUAUUGUCUUUUCUUUCACAUAGAGAUUUAACAAACGUAUGUUUGUCUUGUAAGAUGUUUCGGGAUGUAGCGCUCCAAGACUGCAUUUGGCAGCAGCGCUGUCGAGAAGAUUUCAACUUCACCAAUAAUGAAGGAUGGAAUGCCUCAUACAAGGAUGUGUAUGCUAAAGUUUUACACAGAUUCGGACAGACGGUUGGACUGUGGCAGGCAGAAAUGAGCCAUUAUGGUGCACUGGUUCAUGUACAGUUUGACGAGGGCAGAAUAAUUGGCCGACAGUGCAUGGCGCCGGUUGCCCCGCACGUGUCGGAUGCUCUCCGUGUGAAAACGCUGUUCACCAUCCAGUUCACGCAGGACCAGGAGGACGUGGAGAUCUUCUGUCACAAGGGCUUCAGCGACCCACACAAGGGAUGUCUGGAGUGGAAGGAAGACGGAAGUUUGCUGUUCAGAUGUACAGAGGUGGAACAUCACCAACACCCAGAAGGAAAACAAAGGACUAUAUGUAGCGUGUUUAAUAAAUCUAAACUGCUCCUGAUGAAAUUUCUCGUAACUACUCAGUUAGGGUGUAACUACCGAAUGAGCCGGCUUGCACGGUCGCCCAGAAGAUCACCGGCGGUGAUUCAGCCGGGAUUCUUCAAGGGCACGUACGGAGGGCACGGCAUCGAGAUUAUUCAGCUCAAGUAUGAUGCAAACGGCAAAAUUGUACAAGGAAUCAAAAUCACGGGUGACCCGAACGUGCCUGCGACGAAGAUUAGUUUUGAGGUGGACCUCUCGCAGCCCAUCAUCCUGACGAGCGAGCAGCAGGGAACGGUGGCCCUCAUCGAGCAGAUCGACAUUCCCGAACUCCCCCCGGACACCGACAUCCAGCGACUACCCCCCCAGGCCUUCAUUGUCCCGGACGACUGUAUUGACAGGUUUCAGAAUGCACCGAGGACAUGCAGGGCUAGAUUUCAUGCAAAAGGCCAGAUAGCAGGACAUGGCUUCAGUGAUCCCAGCUUCACCGUUGGACACUGGGUCGUGUUCGAUGAAAACAUGUUUGGUUUCCUGUGGCUCAAACUGCGCUCGUUCAGCGUGUAUUCUCGAGUACUGGAGGACCUGUGGUCCUGAUGAUGUGGUUCACGUGUACACACCUACAGUGAAACCUGUGUUAAAUGGCCACUGAAAAUAAUGGAAGUAGAUCCAGAAGAACGGGGGUGGAGGUGGACUGGAAGCUGUGUUCCCUCCCACUUGAGGUCCAAAAUAUUUACUCAAUUUUGGGGUCCUUCUUUCUGUCUGUCUUCCUCUUUUUUUUUUCAUUAUCUCUCUAUCUCUCUCUCUCCAUUUCAUAUCUCUCUCUCCCUCCCUCUCUCUCCAUUUCAUAUAUCUCUCUCUCCCUCCCUCGCGCUCUCUCUCUCUCUCUCUCUCUCUCUCUCUCUCUCUCUCUCUCUCUAUCAGGAUUAAAAGAAAAUGCUUGUCCUCCCCACCUCACACAUAGCAUGUUCUCCCAACGACACAUGACAUUCUUAUGGGCCUGUGUAAUUAGAUGGAUCUCAGGACAGAUUAGUUGGUCUGCAGAGACAGAUGCAGGGUUUUUCUAGGGAGGGAAUGCACCAUAAUAUAAAGUGUAAGGCGCCUAUUUAAAAAUAACUUCUAAAAACUGAAAACUUGAGGUGUUUUCUCUUUUAUGGAUACAUUAUCGGUCUUCAAAAACAAGUGCACCCCCCACCAUGGCUAGUAGUCUGGUCCGAACCUCCCAACAUACCAUAAUAUAAAUUGUAAGGUGCCUAUUUAAAAAUAACUUCUAAAAACUACAAUAUACAGACCUUGCUAUGAAAAGAAAUGAGAGGAGCGAUCAAUUGCUAUCCUAGCUUAUUGGUUUGUGGUUAUUUUUUUAUAAAACAAAUUGAGGUGGCCUCUAAGACAGGUAAUUGCAUUGUAGAGGUGACUGCUUGAGCAGGUUUGGCUGUAAAUUAACGUCUCCCCCUUCUCCCAAUGUCUUUCACAUUGUGUUUGUAUAAACUCGCAUAAUUUAGAUAUUGAAUUCCAAGAGAAAGAAGAUACUGCCCCUUUUUUUCUAAACAUGAUGGAAAUGCACUUUUUACUACAUUGUAACAAACAUUUCAUGAAUUAAGAAACAUAUUUAAAAGACUUAGUCAUUAAAAAUAACCAUACACAAAAGAUUGGCAUCCAAGAUAAAAAUAAAUACAUUUUUAUUAAAGCUAAACCCCUAUUCAUGAUUGUACUAACUUACAGUCUGUCCCAUCCUACAAAAAUGUUUUUUUUUAAUAUAUAUUCACGGAAAAAAGUUCCUGUGCAUUAUUAAAAUUUCAGUAGGACUUACAUUUUUAAAAUUUAAAAAUAUUGUGAUUUACAUAGUUAAAUAUACGGUGAUCCUCUCGUGCCUUCUGAACCUGAAGUACGGUCUACACAAUGUUUGGUGAGCCGUCGGUGAUGAUGCAACAGAACAACGUACUGAUGUACGGUCAUGGUCGUACUUUGUUAUCACUUAAUCGGUAGCGUUCAGUUCUUCCACUGAUUGGCCUUAACUUAGAGAUGCAUUAGGAUGUUAAACGUAUCAUUUCCAAAUGAUUCCAUAUGUGCACCCGCUUAAUACUGACGUGGCGUCACAUGUCGACUCCCUAAACAUGGAAGAUCCCUAGUACCCCUAAACUGUCGAGAAUAUCUCCGCAGAUAUUGCAUAGUGUUCUGAUGAACACCAAUGAAUACCAAAAUUACUAGCAACAGCGUUUGUGCCGUUCUAACCUCAAUCAUACCCAUCGUUCGAAGGAGUCCAUUUUCUGGGAGGCGUGGCAUCACACUGACGACGAUCAGAUGCCAACAAAAAUAUUUUUCUGAGUGAUUAGAAUCCAUACAAUAGUUUUAAAAGUCCAAUGAUAAGAAAAAUGACGUCAAACAGGAGCACGUGACCAAGAACGCUAGUAAUGCAACGUAUGAUCACAAAGUACGAAUAGUUCGUGCAAUUGACAGGACACCGCUGGAAUAUCGACGAGAGUGAUUACACGUUCAGUUACUGAAAUUUUUAGAACCAGAUUUCAAGUAAAUUAUAUUCUAUAUGCAAUCAUUUGGUGCACAGGAACUUUUUUCCGCGAGUAUAUAUAUAUAAUUUCAGGUUGGUUCGAAGUAAGAAGAAAAGUAAAAUUGUUUUGGAAAUAACAAUUUUUUUUUAAACUAGUUUUUUGUAAUGCAAUUUAGAAAACAACAGACUCAGAAAUGAAUAAGCUUUGUAUACAUUAAUUUAUUUGCUUUGAACAUUAAUGUUAAUUAAUUAGAUGUGUACUUAUGUAUUUGUAUUGUAAUGUAUUUGUGUGUGGCACACCCUGUGAAAUCAAAUAAAUAGAUUCAUAUUG